GCGCCGGUUGAGGGGGCGCUGAGGCGGGAGCUGUGGCGGCGCUGGGCGCCCCUCGCUCCUCGGCCUUUGGGGGCCAUGGGCUCUGAGAAAGACUCCGAAUCGCCGCGCUCUACAUCUCUACACGCGGCCGCGCCCGACCCCAAGUGCCGCAGCGGCGGCCGGCGCCGGCGCCUCACCUUCCACAGUGUCUUCUCCGCCUCGGCCCGCGGCCGCCGCGCCCGAGCCAAGCCGCAGGCCGAGCCGCCGCCCCCGGCCGCGCCGCCGCCGCCGCCCGCCCCGGUCCCGGUCGCGGCCCAGGCCCCGCCGCCCGAGGCGCUGCCCACCGAGCCGGCCGCCGAGGCGGAGGCGGAGGCCGCGGCGGAGGCCGGGCCCGGGUUCGAGGAUGAGGAGGCGGCGGAGGGCGGCGGCCCGGGCCCGGAGGAGGUGGAGUGCCCGCUUUGCCUGGUGCGGCUGCCGCCCGAGCGGGCCCCGCGCCUCCUCAGCUGUCCGCACCGCUCGUGCCGGGACUGCCUCCGCCACUACCUGCGCCUGGAGAUCAGCGAGAGCCGGGUGCCCAUCAGCUGCCCCGAGUGCAGCGAGCGACUCAACCCGCACGACAUCCGCCUGCUGCUCGCCGACCCGCCGCUCAUGCACAAGUACGAGGAGUUCAUGCUGCGCCGCUACCUGGCCUCAGACCCUGACUGCCGCUGGUGCCCGGCCCCCGACUGCGGUUAUGCUGUUAUUGCCUAUGGCUGUGCCAGUUGCCCAAAGCUGACCUGUGAGAGGGAAGGCUGCCAGACAGAGUUCUGCUACCACUGCAAGCAAAUAUGGCAUCCAAAUCAGACAUGCGAUAUGGCCCGUCAGCAGAGGGCACAGACUUUGCGAGUACGGACCAAGCACACUUCAGGUCUCAGUUACGGGCAAGAAUCUGGACCAGCAGAUGACAUCAAGCCAUGCCCACGAUGCAGUGCUUACAUUAUCAAGAUGAAUGAUGGAAGCUGUAAUCAUAUGACCUGUGCAGUGUGUGGCUGUGAAUUCUGUUGGCUUUGUAUGAAAGAGAUCUCAGACUUGCAUUACCUCAGCCCCUCUGGAUGCACAUUCUGGGGCAAGAAGCCAUGGAGCCGUAAGAAGAAAAUUCUUUGGCAGCUGGGAACACUGAUUGGUGCUCCAGUGGGGAUUUCCCUCAUUGCUGGCAUUGCCAUUCCUGCCAUGGUCAUCGGCAUUCCUGUUUAUGUUGGCAGGAAGAUUCACAGCAGGUACGAGGGAAGGAAAACAUCCAAACAUAAGAGGAAUUUGGCUAUCACAGGAGGAGUGACUUUGUCUGUCAUUGCAUCCCCAGUUAUUGCGGCAGUUAGUGUGGGUAUUGGCGUCCCCAUUAUGCUGGCUUAUGUCUAUGGGGUUGUGCCCAUUUCCCUCUGUCGUGGAGGUGGCUGUGGAGUUAGCACAGCAAACGGAAAGGGGGUGAAAAUUGAGUUUGAUGAAGAUGAUGGUCCAAUCACAGUGGCUGACGCCUGGCGAGCCCUCAAGAAUCCCAGCAUUGGGGAAAGCAGCAUUGAAGGCCUGACUAGUGUACUGAGCACCAGCGGAAGCCCUACAGAUGGACUUAGUGUUAUGCAGGGUCCAUACAGCGAGACAGCCAGCUUUGCGGCCCUCUCAGGGGGCACUCUGAGUGGAGGCAUUCUUUCCAGUGGCAAGGGAAAAUAUAGCAGGUUAGAAGUCCAAGCCGAUGUCCAAAAGGAAAUUUUCCCCAAAGACACAGCCAGUCUUGGUGCAAUUAGUGACAACGCAAGUACUCGUGCUAUGGCCGGUUCCAUAAUCAGUUCCUACAACCCACAGGACAGAGACUGCAACAAUAUGGAAAUCCAAGUGGACAUUGAAGCCAAACCAAGCCACUAUCAGCUGGUGAGUGGAAGCAGCACGGAGGACUCGCUCCAUGUUCACGCUCAGAUGGCAGAGAAUGAAGAAGAAGGUAGUGGUCGUGGUGGCAGUGGCAGCAAUGAAGAGGAUCCCUCCUGCAAACACCAAAACUGUGAACAGAAAGACUGUGUGGCCAGCAAAGUUUGGGACAUCAGCCUGGCCCAGCCCGAGAGCAUCCGCAGUGACCUGGAGAGCUCUGAUACGCAGUCAGACGAUGUGCCAGACAUCACCUCAGAUGAGUGUGGCUCCCCUCGUUCCCAUACGGCAGCCUGCCCCUCAACUCCCAGAGCCCAAGGUGCACCGAGCCCAAGUGCCCAUAUGAACCUCUCUGCCCCAGCCGAGGGGAAGACUGUCUUGAAGCCAGAAGGUGCAGAAGCCAGAGUAUGAAGUGGAAUGAAUGCUCCUGUUCUGAGAAGCACACUUGUUAUGCACCUGCUCCUUGUCUUGCUGACCUGUGCUUUACCACAAUGAGGAGGAUGAGUCUGGACAACAACUUGGAAGAUCCUUGUCUCUUGGGCACUGCAGCUAGACUGAGCACAUUUCCCUGCACAUGGAACAGGAGAUGCUCUUAGUGGACUUCGGGUCUGUGGAAGAAAAUGCCCUAAUGUCCUUGUGUGAAAAAGGGAACCUGUUGGAGAAAAGGGCAGUCAGUCUGAAAAUCCCUGAAAUGUAAAUAACUCAAGAUUACAAUUCUCUUGAAGGCUCACCGGAAUAGCAGUUAACUUGGAUAAAAGCAAAGAAGUCUUUUGGAGGGACAAGAGUUGGCAGCCAAACCUGUGUUGUUAUCUCGGCUCCACUUCUUCCCAUUGUGAGACUCACUUCUGAUCGGCUUUCACUUAGCCAACAUGGGGAAAACAAUCCUUAACUAUGGCGUUGUAAAGUGACAUGGUGUACUGAAAUGCUUUUGGUGAAGACCCGUUGUUUUUUUCCUCCUGCAGGAAUAAGAAGAAAUAAGGGAGAUUAUGGGUGUCAUCUAAGAAAAGCCCAGAACUCUAGACCAGAGGCUAUGAAAAACUAAGCUUAUUCUUUUUUUUUUUUUUUAAAGAAUUUAUUUAUUUAUUUGACAGAGAGAGAUCACAAGUGGGCAGAGAG